AUGCCAGAAACACUUCCGAAGGUAACAGCGCCACUGCGGCCAUGGGGACCGAAAGAGCACGCAAAACUCUCCGAGUUCCAAGUCGAACUGAUUCAACUUGCAUCGCAGCUGAACGGUGAUUAUGUCUUGAAUUCUUACCCGAACAUUGGCAAAUAUAUGACUGUUGGUGAAGCCAAUAGGUAUGCAGAAGAUGCAGUCAAAAGGUUUCUUGAAGCUGGAAGGGUUGCUGUCAUGGCCGGAGCUAAUGAGUCUGCCAUUGUCACCAUGAGGCCCUCCCUAACCAGUCGAACCGCCGACGUGCACUCCGGUCAGUUUAUCGAAACGAUCUGA